GGUCCUCCCCGCGCCCCGCCGCCGCCGGCCUCGCAGACCUGUCCUCCAGCCCCGCCCCGUUCUUGACCAAACAUGACAGACUCUGAACAUGCAGGGCACGACAGAGAAGAUGGCGAAUUAGAGGAUGGUGAAAUAGAUGAUGCAGGACUUGAAGAAACACAAGAACAGGAAGCAAAAGUGGAUGAAAAACAGAAAAAUGAAAAAGCCUAUAGAAAAUCAAGGAAAAAACACAAGAAAGAAAGAGAGAAGAAAAAAUCCAAAAGGAGAAAACGUGAAAAACAUAAGCAUAAUUCUCCAUCUAGUGAUGAUAGUUCAGACUACAGCCUUGAUUCAGAUGUUGAACAUACAGAAAGUUCCCACAAAAAAAGAGCUGGUUUCUACAGGGAUUAUGACAUUCCAUUUUCUCAGCAUGGACACUUAUCAGGAAGCUACAUGACAUCAAAGAGGAGUCAGCAUAACAAAAAAUUUAAAAGUAAAGAAUAUGAUGAGUACAGUACGUACAGCGAUGACAACUUCGGUACCUACAGUCAGGAAACAGAGGAAGAUUUUGCCAGUCAGUUGAAACAAUACAGACAAGCUAAAGAAACCUCAACUACUGCUUUAGGAUCAUCAUUUUCUAAAGAGCCAGGGAAAAAACAAAGAAUGAAAGUUCAGCAAGGUAUUGAACAGAGGGUUAAAAGUUUUAAUGUUGGUCGUGGACGUGGUUUGCCGAAGAAAAUCAAACGCAAAGACCGUGGGGGAAGAACCAAUAAAGGGCCUAAUAUUUUUUCAGGAAUGGAUGACUAUCAAGAGUAUAGUAAACCAGGGAAAAAAUGGAAGGUUAUGACUCAGGAAUUCAUUAAUCAGCACACAGUGGAACACAAAGGAAAACAAAUCUGUAAAUACUUUCUGGAAGGGAGAUGUAUUAAGGGAGAUCAGUGUAAAUUUGAUCAUGAUGCAGAGUUGGAGAAGAGAAAGGAGAUCUGCAAGUUUUAUUUACAAGGAUAUUGUACCAAAGGAGAGAACUGCAUUUAUAUGCAUAAUGAAUUUCCGUGUAAGUUCUACCAUAGUGGAGCAAAAUGUUACCAAGGAGACAACUGUAAAUUCUCACAUGAUGAUCUGACUAAAGAAACAAAGAAACUUCUGGACAAAGUGUUGAACACUGAAGAAGAAGCCACAAAUGAAGAUGAACGAGAAUUAGAAGAACUUAGAAAACGGGGCAUAACUCCUCUUCCCAAACCACCUCCAGGAGUUGGGCUUCUGCCAACUCCACCAGAGCAUUUUCCCUUUUCUGAUCCUGAAGAUGAUUUUCAGACAGAUCUCUCUGAUGAUUUCAAGAAAAUCCCAUCUCUUUUUGAAAUAGUUGUAAAACCUACUGUGGAUUUAGCACAUAAGAUUGGGAAGAAGCCACCAGCAUUUUAUAACAGUGCCUCACCACCAGGACCACAGUUUCAGGAAAGCAGCCCACAUCCUCAGCAUAUCUAUAGUUCUGGAUCAAGUCCGGGUCCUGGACCUAAUAUGUCUCAGGGACACAGUAGUCCUGUGAUGCACCCGGGCUCCCCCGGACAUCAUCCAUGCGCCGCAGUGCCACACAGCCCACCUUUGCCGCCUGCUCCGCCUGGAAUUUUAGGUCCUCACAGUCAAGCUGGAGUACUUGUUCAACCAGAUGCACCUUUGACACCACAGAAUAUGAGUGGUGCUUACCAUUGCUCGGGCUUUCCAGAACACAUGAUGAAAGUACCCAGAGAGAAUCACUGUUCUCCAGGUUCCUCAUACCUGCAAAGUCCUGGUGAAAUGCAGCUCAACACCAGUUAUGAGUCCCUACAAAACCCAGCUGAAUUUUAUGAUAAUUACUAUUCACAGCAUGCUGUACCUAAUUUUCAGCCACCUAGUAACUCUGGUGAUGGAAUGUGGCAUGUUGACUUUGCCCAGCAUCAGCCUCCCAUUGUUCAAGACUCCCCUAACCGUGGGAGUGGAUCUGAUGGCAGCAGCAACAUGACAGGCCACGGCCCCCUGCCUGCUCCAGGCCUCCUCCCUGCAGUGCAGAGAGCUCUUUUUGUCAGACUUACUCAGAAGUACCAAGAAGAAGAUGAACCAAGCAGCACCCAACCUCAAAGGGCACCAAGCAAGGACGAAGAUGAUACUGUUAACUGGUAUUCCAGUAGUGAAGAGGAAGAAGGAAGCAGUGUGAAGUCAAUACUGAAAACAUUACAGAAACAAACAGAAACUUUAAGGAAUCAGCAACAGCCUUCCACAGACCUCAAUACUCCUACUGACCCAAGACUCGCUAAAGAGAAAAGCAAAGGAAACCAAGUUGUUGACCCUAGACUUAGGACUAUCCCAAGGCAAGACGUGAGAAAAUCCUCUGAGUCUGCCCCACUGGAUCUUAGACUAGCAUGGGAUCCCAGGAAAUUGAGGGGGAAUGGAAGUGGUCACGUAGGAUCUUCUGUUGGUGGAACAAAAUUUGAUUCGCAUCAUGCAAAUCCCAGCUCUGUCAAACACAAAAGAGGAGAUGAUGAUGAUGAAGAUACAGAAAGAGAAUUGAGAGAAAAAGCUUUCUUAAUACCUUUGGAUUCUUCCCCUGGCAUAAUGCUCCAGGAUCCAAGGUCACAGCUGAGGCAGUUCAGUCACAUUAAAAUGGAUAUUAUCCUAACCAAACCCAACUUUGCAAAACACAUCGUGUGGGCUCCAGAAGACUUACUUCCAGUCCCUUUACCUAAACCUGACCCAGUAUCUUCAAUCAAUUUACCUCUGCCCCCUCUUAUAGCUGACCAGAGGCUCAGUAGGUUGUGGAAUACAAAAAGCGAUCUUCAUCAGAAUACAGUGCCCACUGAUUCAAAAUCAGCAGCCAAAGCCAAAGUGAACACUGCAAACAGAGAAGGCUACCUAGAACAAUUUGGAGACCUACAUAGUUCAGGAAGUAAAUUAGGAGAUCCUAGGCUGCAAAAAAAUUUUGAUCCUAGACUUCAUAGACUGCACAGUACAGAGUCUCACCCAGCGGUUAUGAAGGACUCACAUACAUUAAAGGGCACCCCUCACUUAGCCAGAUCUAACCUUGCUUCGUCGCAGCCCUCAGGGGCCGUGACUAGCAGUUCCGGGCCGGGGACCUUGCCUCCAUAUGCCCCUAAACUCUCCUCUUCAGCUGGCCUUCCCCUGGGAACCCCAAGUUCAGUUCUUAGUGGCAUUAGUUUGUAUGACCCUAGGGAGCAUGCUUCAUCAUCUGCGUCAGAGCUAGCAACAGAAAAUACAGAGAACCCGAAAAAAAGUGGUGGUUUAAAAAGUAGUGACAAAAAUGAGCCUUCUCCUGGGGAAGCAGUCCUGCCACAGAAAACCAGUGCAAAUGUGGAAGUCGCCGUGGAUGGGCCGGCUGACCCACAGGCAGACACCCUCAGGAGUCCUGGUACAGUUCAGGUCCCAGCAGUGCACAGUCUUCCUAUUCAGGCAUUAACAGGCUUAAUUAGACCGCAGUACAGCGAUCCAAGGCAGUCCAGGCAGCCAGGGCAUACGAGUCCCACCCCGGAAAGUGAUCCCGGUAGAGAACCAGAUGACAAAUCUCUGAAAGAGGUUUUUAAAACUUUUGAUCCGACUGCUUCACCAUUUUGUUAGCUAUCGUGUAAUUAAGCAAUUCUUUUCACUCUGUGACUAUUGCAGUCCUCUGCUGUUUUGUAACUGGUUUACCUCUAUAGUUUAUUUAUUUUUAAAUUAUAAAUACUUUUCAGCUGCUAGUAUCAGAACCACAUGAAGUUAUAUCCUCUAAAGCCUGUGGUAUUUUAUAUAAUAUUUUUAUAACUUUAAGAGACUGUAGUAAUUGACAUAGAAACCUAUAUAUCAUGUUAGCUUCGGUAAAAGUACUUUUAUCGUAAAUAACCCAUCAUGAACUUGACACUCUGCCCAAAUAUAUGCCAGUCGUCUUUCAUAAUCAAUGUUUAGAUAAAUGAUUACCACUUUUAUAUGGUUGUUAGUUUCAAGCAAUAUGAUGUACAUUACUUUUGAGCAACAGUAUUUUGACUAGGAUCUUCUCUGUUUGUCAACAGAACUGAUUAAUAUGUAAUGCUAACUGCUAACUAAAAUGUAAAAUGAAGUAAAGAAAACAUUUUUAAAAUCACAAUCAGCAGAGCAGUUCGUGUUUAAGGGCAUCACUUUUAUUAGUAUUGGCAAUAUUGUGUAAAUGAAGCAUUUGAAUGUCAUAUCUUUUAAAAGUAUUUUACUGCAUACUGUAUCAUAGAAGUUGGAGAUACAUAGAUUGUUUUUGCUAAAAUGAAAUAUUCCCCAAGUUCUCUAACAUAACUUUUUAAAUUUAAUUUUCAUAUUAAAUAGUUAUGAGUUCUUGCUGUGUUACAUUGUGAUGUUUAUGUGUCUCAAUGUUUUUGUCGUUAGCAGCAUAAUUUAUAUUACGUUUUCAAAUAAUAUAGCUGCGAUAAUUGUAUUCAUCAUGACUUUGGUAAUUUUUAACAAACUUUUAAAAGAUCCAGUGACAGUCUGUAGUGAUUAUUGCAUUGGUAAUGUUUUAAAUGUCCAGGUUCUAUAUUUUAAAUAGCAAGAAAACACAGAGAUGGUAUAAUCAACUGUAUAUGGCUACCAAUAAAGAAUCUCUUUCAGAUCUCUCCUGACUGGCAUUCUGUAACAGAAGAGACUGCCUGGUAUUUUAAGUAUUUAAUGUCCUCAUAGUUGGAAAUCUCUUAAAUUGAUUAGAAAUUUCA